UUCUUUCCAGCUGGACCCAUAGUCCGCGUGUAGGAAUCCAACAAGCUGCAAAUUCGCGGACUGUGGACAGAAACCCUUCGCGCAGUCGCUGUGAGACACCGGAAGAGAAAUUGAGUCUUCGAAAAAACAAUCGGCAUGCAGUAAAAGCCGAGGAGCUGGGCGUGACGAUGGUCGCAGUCAUCGGCCGAUCUCGUGGGGUUAGACGUGAGAAGCCCCGAUAGCGGACAAGUACUGCUGAGGAACGAUCAUGGCGAGGGGACGUGGAGUUUCUUAGUUCGUCCAUUGGAAAGCUUCACUAAAACCUCCGAGGCAACAACUGGAACGCAAUCCGAGGGUUUAGGGACCGCAUCGCAUCAUCGGAGCUUCUGUUCUGUGUGCUUUGUCUGGAGACUGGACGGGUGUUGCUGGUGAAUGUCAGUGACGGAAAGUGGCGAAGAUUUUCUGUCCUUUGAACGUACAAGUUUGGUGGAUUCUCUCGACGAUUUCGGGUAUUCUCAGUCCGAGUGGCCCCGAUGCUGAUCCAGUUCUGAAGGGCAAUGAGUGUCGGCAAUGGGUUUGUACAGCGUAUUUUGAGCAUCGUGCUUUGACGGAUCGCCUGAUAUCUUGGAUGAUCUGAGAUCUCUCAUUUCGAAUUUUGAGGUUGAAUCUGAACCUGGAGCAAUUUUUGGGUCAAAUGACAGAUUCUGAAUUGUUGCGAUUUCGAGAAGGAAGAAAUAGCGGCAAACUUGCCUAUGGGUUGGAGAGACUGCGUGAUCAGUUCGCCGACAAAUUUCGUGAUCUUUGAACGGGGAAGCAAUCAAGAGGACAACACAUUUUAGUCAUUCAUCAGAGCAGGAUGCUGGGAAUCGUAGGAAGAAUAGUUAGGCGACAAAAUCCAGCAGGCCUUACGAGGGUAACGAGGACUGCAGGUUCUUCGUUUUUCUCUCGUUCCGUGUCCUACGCUGCUGAAGAUGUUACUCUGGCCUCAUCAACUGAGAAGGAAAAUAUAGCAAUAUCGGCAACCAAGCCAAAACCUUUAAGUUUAAACCCUAACUCACCUCUUCGAGUUACUGAUCCUCCUCCCACUGGAUUUUCUGGAGUCGCCUUGAAACUUCUAGGAUUCUACACUAGGGAGAGCCAGCUAAUACGAGGAAGUAAGAUUUUGUAUACACGCAUUAGUGCGCAGGCGGAUCAACCCGAGCUAUAUGCAAGUUUUGCAUUAGAAAAAAACUUUAGAACAACGCAUGCUAUGCUGUUGUUGCAUAUGUGGCUUACUUUGGUGAGAUUGCGAGCCGAAGGCAAGGACGGAUCGAAAGUUGGCCAGUCCUUGUAUGAAAUAUUCAACCAUGAUCUUGAGAAGCGAGUUGUUGGAGAAGGGGUGAAGAUGCUUAUCUCCAAGUGGAUGAAAGAACUUGAGAAGAAUUUUUAUGGUGCUGUGGAAGCAUAUGAUGCCGCGAUGCAACCCACUGCCGUCAAAGAUGCUCUUGCACGCGCCCUCUGGAGAAACGUGUUCGCUGAAGAUGAUUCUCUUAUGCCCACUGGAGCCGCGGCUGCACCAGUUAAGUCCUUAGCGAGAUACGUGCGAAGAGAGGCAGCAUGCCUUGCUUUGACAGAUUCUGAGUCCCUUUUAUCUGGCAACAUUCUGUUUUCACACGAUUUUGAUGUUACUCAAGGGACUCGAGAAACGGACUCAACGUCUUUAGGACAAGCUACUAGCGAGCCCGUGCCAGCUUAGUCUCCAAUAAAGUAAUCAGAUUGGGUUGUCAAAAGAUGGGGAUGAUACUCAUGGUGGUUCGGUAUUUUCUUGUUUCCAGAGAGCACCAUAUGCAAGAAAACCCAGCUACUGAAGAGGGUUCAAUAGUUUAGAAUUUAGCUUGAUAGAUGUCACAAAGUAUUCUCCUGGUGACAAGCUCAUGUGUUACCUUGAAUUCUUCCAGCACGAAACCAGAGGUUGUCUGAGUUUUCCGUGGUUGAGCGUUCUCUGUCAUCUCUAAACGAGUCCGGCGAUUGUUCCCUCGAAGCCAUGGGCGAGAUGCAGUGUCCAUAGUGUUGGAAACGGGUUACUCUUACAAUGCACUUGCGUCCUUGUUCGAGUGAGAUGUCUCGACCAGAAGUCUUUCAGUCCUCUUGUUGUUUCCUGCUUUCGAAGGCAAAUUAUGUAUAC